GGUCGAUACAUCUUGUUCCUUUCAAACAGCGAUACUCUGCUCCAACACGGGCCACUUGCAGGUUGUGUCGAUCGUAUUUCCUCUGUUGCGCACUACAAAACCAUGGACGGCAGAGGCUACGGUUCUGGUUACUCCAGUUGGGGAGGUGGAAGCUCCGGCAGCAGAGGUUCGAGUAAUUUUGACCUGUAUGGAGGAGGUUAUAAGGACUCGAUGUCUGGGCUGGAUGGCUAUGGAGGAGGCAGCCACAUGAGGAGAGGGCUCUCGGGAGGAUCUCUGCUGUCAUCCACAGGGACGCAUGCUGAUGCAGUCAUCGCCAAGAUUAACCAGCGCUUGGACAUGCUCACUCAGUUGGAGGGAGGGUUGAAAGGAUCUCGAGGUGACAGGUUUGACCAGUACGAGUCAUUCGACUCGCGCUCCUCCACCCUCACCUCCUCCCGAGAUCUCUACAGAUCUGGCGGCAGUAGCUAUGGUUUUGGCGAUGGCCGUGGGGACAACAUGCUGAUGGGUCAGCGAGGAGGCUCAGGCUUCGGAGGGGGAAUUGGGCUAGGGGGAGGAGGAGGCUUUGACAGCCCCUCCUCUUCCUAUGGCGUCGCUAAAAUGCGACAGAGUAUGAGGGAGUCCUUCACCGGUGGCCACGGAGGAGGUUCUGGAGGUGGAGGAUGGGCUGGAGCAGGCCGACGUUCCCCCAGAAGGGGUGGAAGUGCCGGGGGUCGAGGAACUGGAGGAGGGUUUGGAAACCGCAGGUCUGACCCCACUCCAUUAAGCGGAGGUAUGCGUGGAAGUGGUAGUGGUGGCCAGUCCCACCGCGGCCACUCUCCAGGAGGUGGUAGAGGCAAGCUCCCAUCCCUCCUGUCCAACCGCAUGUACCCUGAGACUGGGGGCUUCCAGGGUUCUGCUCCAGGGCCUCACGACUUUCCUGGGAGGCAUUUUGGAGGGGGCCCACGGGCUGGCCGCCAGCGAGGCCGCAAGAGACCCCUGAACAAACAGAUGAAGCCAAUGCGAGAUGUCCAGAAGAAGAGAAAGCAGACUCUCAGUGGAACAGAUGAGCCAGAGUCAAAGAUGAACAAAACAGAGAGUGCAGGCUCAGAGGCUACACAAGAGCAACCAGAGAAAAAUGGUGAUGACGGUAAACCACAGACUGAAACUGCGGAGACAAAACCUACUGAAGAUGGAGAUAAAACUCCAUCCAAACAGGAGGACAAGAAAAAGCCACAGGGCAAACAGACCCCAGCCCAAGGUCAGGACAAGCACCCAAAAAUGAGGAAAAGAAGGGGAUUCCUGGAAAGGGUUAUGUUUGCAUGUUCUGUGUGCAAGUUCCGUUCGUUCUACAAGGAAGAAAUGGAAACUCAUCUUGAGAGUCGCUUCCACAAGGACCACUUUAAGUUCCUCUCCAGCCAGCUGUCCAAGCCCACUACAGACUUCCUGCAGGAGUACUUGCAGAACAAGUUUAAGAAGACGGAACAGAGGGUGAGCCAGCUGGAAAACCACAGCGCAGCCAUCUGCCAGGUGUACAAAGAGCAGGACCUUACCAGGGAUCUCGGCAUGGAGCACUUCAUGAGGAAGGUGGAAGCUGCUCACUGUGCAGCGUGUGACCUUUUCAUUCCCAUGCAGCCACACCUGAUACAGAAACACAUCAAGUCUCCUGACCAUAACUACAACCGCAAGGGUAUGAUGGAACAAUCCAAGCGGGCCAGUCUGUCGGUUGCUCGCAGCAUCCUUAACCACAAACUCAUUGGCAAGAAGCUGGAGAGCUACCUCAAGGGCGAAAACCCAUUCACCGGGAACCAGGACGAUCAGGAUCCAGAGGACUCCAUGGUGAUGGACGUGUCGGAGUUGGAGUUAACCGGUGAGACAGCGGACGGCCAGACGGAGGCGGCACCAGUCAAAGAUGAGCCUGUGUCUGAGGGAGACCUGAGCAAAGAGGUGGUCGAGGGGGAAGCAGCAGAAGCAGCAGCAGCAGAAGCAGCAGUAGCAGCAGCAGAAGAAGAGGAAGAAGGAGCACAAGCAGAAGUAGAAGCACAAACAGAAGAGGAAAAGAUGGAAGAGGAGCUGGGGAACCAGGAAGAGGAGGAAGGUUUUGAGGUUGGGGAGGAGGAGGAAGAGGAAGAUGAGGGAUACGUGGUGCAUGAUGAGAUUGACGAAGAGGGAUUACCAGGGGACCUUGAAGAGGAGGAUCAGGAUGUAGGAGUCGAGGGAGCAGAGGUGGAGGACGAAGACGACAAAGAUCAUGAAUGACUUUUAUAGUCUGUGUGUGACUUCUUGACCUGAACAUCUGUCCGGACCAGUCGAUGACCCCCGCAGUCCCAUUCAAAGUUCAGUUUAAUUGGCAGGCAUCAUAAGAACUAUUCACACCCGCUCCCAUCAUUUUUCAGUGAGCUUUUGUCAAUUUCUUUUUUUCCGUUAAAGGAAUAGUUCCACAUUUUGGGUACUACUGUUAUUCACUUUCUUGCUCAGAUGAAAAAAGUCAAAUAGUUGCACUCUUGUGUUGUGUACGUCUACCAAGUCUCUUCGGAGAUGUUGGCAGGCUUCUUUCUGGACUUCUCCGAGGCCCUGGCCUGUGGUGUCCUCUUUACCAGUCUUACUGUUAAACCAGUCACCUUCCUGCAUUAGCUUUGUACUUACUGCAGCCAUGAGUGGUUUUGAUCUUUUCAUUUCAAAUCUGGGAAGAAAGCAAAUAACUGUAUUUUUGCAAGUGUCCGAUCUAUUCCUCUGAAUAUUUUUGUUGUGCCUUUUUGUUAAAAUUGUUCUUAACUUAGAUUAAGUUGUUUAGAAUUGAUUAAAAGGUCACGAGUAUUAAUAAUGUGAAGUUGUGUACUUUUGUUCUUCAGAGUUUACACAAAGCUAUAGCAUUCAGUAUUGAUAAUGGUGAACCGAUGAUUUUCCAGCCGUUUGGUAAACACUAAAACAGGAUGGACUUCUUAUUCUACACACAGGUUAAAUGAAUGGCCUGUCUGUUGAAUAAGCCUGGAGCAUCCUGAACAUCACAUUCAGAAUAGGUAUCAGUCAUGUAACAUGUUUGCUUGGUUUUGAGCAAAAAAUAAACUCGGUGAAUAAACCAUU